AUGAACCUAUCAAUCGAAAGAAGCCCGGUGAUCAAGUUCCGGCUCCACAUCGUAAUCGGCGCCUUGCUCUUGACCGUCUUCAUUCUUAUCAUUGCACGUAUUACGGACAGUGGCACUCCGAAGACAAGAACUAAUAUCUGGGGCAUCGUCGUGUGCAUCAAAUCAGCCGUUUUCAUGGCAUAUCAAAUCAUGACCUCUCAUAUGGACCGACUUAAACGAUGGGCAAGCACAAAAGUAUACAUGAUAAUGAACAUUAUUGAUACUGUGUUUUGGUUUGCUCUGUUCGUAAUCACGAUCAUGGGUACUAGGGGGUCGACUACCGGGAGCAGUCGGGCGUUGGGUGGUGUUGUGGCUACAUUGGUCUUCUUUCUGUGUGGAUUUGCUGGGCUUUUGGCGUUUGUAUCCAUUCGUGAUAGGCGCUUUUUCAAAGCUAAUGGGUUUCUUCCUGGGGCUAAACCGGCAGUUCAUGCUUCAUGUUGA